AUGAAGUUCCUAGUGAUCGUUUUUGUGGCCCUCCUUGCCUUUGCCUCUGCUCUGCCACAAUUUGGAGGCUUUGGAGGCUUUGGAGGAUUUGGUGGACAGCAGCAGCAGCAGCAAGAAGGAUUCAGUGGAGGAUUUGGAGGAGGCUUUGGCCAGCAGCAACAACAGCAGGAAGAAUUCGGCGGAGGAUUUGGUGGCUUCGGAGGAGGCUUCGAGCAGCAACAGCAGCAGCAGCAGGGAGGCUUCUUCUAG